UUGACCGGUGCACUGUGCACACACAUAGGUCAUGGACAUGGCACUCGCGCGCAUUUACUUAUUUUGGUUACAACACUGACAUGAGCACCUCAAACAUCAGUUAACCGCGGCGGUGUAGGUUUCGUGUUUAUCAGUUAUACAUUUUCUUUUCUUCCCGGCCAUUGAUGCUUCCAUUUUUACGAAAGAAACUACACUCUAAAAUCAGCAAAAUGAAUCAAGAGACAUUACAUGUGGAAAUCUGUCAACAAAUAAACAGCAUUGUAUCAAAUGAUACAAUUCAGGAGUUAGCAGUAGCUGAACUAAACAUCAGAGAUGCAAUUGAUUUACACAGAUCCUUGCUAUCAAAACAUUUUUAUUAUCAGAGCUCAAAAGAUCACAUUCUGUCAAUUUUUUGUUCCUUUGGAGAUGAAAAUAAAACAAAAUUAAAAAGAACUCAGCAAUUUCAAACUCAUUUCUAUAUUUAUCGAUUAAACCAAGAAGAAGCAGCAACCGAAACUAUGGAUAAAGAUGGAGAAGAAAUUUCCGCUUGUUCACACUGGGUAUUACCUUCAAUCGAAUUCGCUGAUCUGUGGGAAAAUCUGUUUUACAAUCCAAAAGUCAAAGAAAACUUACUUAAUUUUGUUGAAACUGCUAUGAUUUAUGCUGAACGAAAAGUCAAUCCACAUGUGAUUAGUUGGAACAAAGUAGUUCUUCUACAUGGACCACCUGGAACAGGAAAAACAAGUUUGUGUAAAGCAUUGGCACAAAAAUUAACAAUACGUCUUGGAAAUAGAUUCACUCGUGGAGAAUUUGUUGAAAUAAACAGUCACAGUUUGUUUUCAAAAUGGUUUUCAGAGAGUGGUAAAUUAGUUAUGAGUCUCUUCAAUUCAAUUAAAACUCUUUUAGAAGAUCAAAAUGCUCUUGUAUGUAUAUUAAUUGAUGAAAUUGAAUCAUUAGCACAUGCUCGCAAGGCUUGCUCAAAUGGUACGGAACCAAGUGAUUCCAUAAGAGUAGUGAACGCACUUUUAACACAACUUGACAGUAUUAAACGUUAUCCAAACGUUUUAAUCCUAACAACUAGUAAUUUAACUGAGGCAAUUGAUUUAGCAUUUGUUGAUCGUGCUGACAUAAAACAGUAUAUUGGUCCACCUAACGAACAAGCUAUCUAUAAAAUUUAUAGCGAUUGUAUUAAGGAACUAAUGAGGACUAAGUUUAUUGAGAAAGAGAUGAUUCCAGAUUAUCAUUAUUUAAAAAUGCAUGGCUUUGAAGAAAAUCAACAAACAAAGUACGGUAUAAGGGUGCUGCAGCUAUGUAAACAAAGCGAAGGAAUGAGUGGAAGAACUUUGAGAAAAAUACCUUUCUUGGCUCAUGCACUUUCUAUGUCAAUGAAUCAAAGCAAACUAAAAAACUUCCUUGCUGCUAUGAUGCAUGCUAUUGAAAAGCAAAAAACGGACUGUUUGGAAGUACAGAACAAUACAGGAGAUAAAGAUCUCUCAGAAACUUAAUGAACAAAUACAUAUAAAGUUUAUGACUUGUUUUAUAUCUAAGUGUGAUAUAAAUAUUUUUUCACUGUAAACAUAGAAUAACAGUUUUUUUUAAGAAUUUCUUGAUAUUGUAUAUAUGCGUAUUGCUUAAACGUGUAGACAAUUAGUAUUUUAUGUUAAAACGCAGAUUGUACAAUAUCGUUGCAUCCUAAGAGUACAACUCUAGUUAAAGAUUUUAUACCUCUGUAUGAAUAUUUUGUAUUAAACAUAAAAAUUUAUCCAA